AUGCACAAACCUACAAAUAGCAGCGAGGGAACUGAAGAGCCCUCCCUGCUUGCGGAGGAUGCGCUGGGUGGGAUAAGGAAUGACCUCGAGUUCACGCAAUGGUACGGCGAUGUUAAAGACGAAUUGCUAGAAGCAAGCUAUGAAAAAUACCAAUCAUGCCUUGACGACCUAGAGUUGUCGACAUACCACCUCGACUCUCUCCUCCAAGAUACAUCGCAAACCCUAGAAAUCCUCUCCUCUCUCUCUCAGUCAUUUGAAUCAGUAGAGAACCGCACGGCUGCCUUUCAGAAACAAUGUGAAGGCCUCCUCUCUGUCCAGAACAAAAGCUCGAAACUAGCAGAUGACAUUCAUGAGAAUCUGAUACCCUAUGACUAUCUGGAUCCUAUCUCUAGAAGGCUCAAUGCACCGGGGGCUAGUAACUCAGUUCGCUCAAAAGAUUUUUCGGAUAUGUUAAGACGCCUUGAUGAGUGUCUAGAUUAUAUGCAUGCACAUCCAGAACAUAGGGAAGCAGAGGUAUAUAGGGCGCGGUACCGCCUACUACUCACUCGUGCCCUUACAUUGAUCCGUGGCCAGUUUGUCUCAACUGUACGGGAGAUCUCAUCAGGUGUUACGAAGCGGAUUGCUGAUCGUCAACUUAAUGACACCACUAUGUCGGCUCUUCUCUAUGCCAAAUUUCGUGUUGGUGCUCCUGAAAUGAAAGAUAUGGGACUAGAAAUCCAAAAGAGAGCGGUUCCUCCCUUGGACCCCGAACAAGGUGCUGAAGCGGAAUACCAAAGCCUGCUGAACGAACUUCACGUAAAUUUUGCAACAUCCCGUGCGAAGUUGGUUGUGCCGCUCGUGAGAAAAAGACUAAAUGAUAUCGCAAACGCACCAAGUACGUCAAAGGAUUUAGUUGCAUUUGCGAGAACAAGUAUCAGCUACGUUCGUGGCAUAUGUCUUGAUGAAUUUGAACUGUGGGGAGAAUGGUUCCAUGGCCAGUACGGCCUCUAUGAUUGCCUUGAAGCUAUCUGCGAGCCUCUCUAUGACCAUCUGCGACCUCGAAUUAUUCAUGACAACAAGCUCGUUAGGCUAUGCCAGUUGUGUAUAUUACUCCAAACUCGAUAUUUAAACGAUCCAGAUGAAGAUGGGGAAUAUGUGGCGGAUCCCAAUCAGCUAGAUUUUGCAGUAUUGAUCCAACCUGCGCUCCAAGACGCACAGACACGACUUGUUUUUCUCGCACAGACUAUCCUACGAGACGAAAUUGAAAGGUUCAAGCCGCGCCCAGAAGAUCUUGAUUAUCCUGCAAAGAAUAAACAAGCUUUGCAAAACAAUGUUUCACCAGCAGUUUCAGGGAGUAAAUCUUCAUUUAUUGAGCCGAAGGUGCCAACGGCUGUGGAUGAGGAUCCUGAUUCCCUGGCAGAUAAAGAUUCCCAAUGGGACUUUACUUCACAAGCCAUGUUUGAAGGGUGGUAUCCCACUCUAAAGAAAGCGAUCUGGCUUUUAAGUCGCAUAUAUCGGCUGGUUAAUUCCAAGGUAUUUGAUGAUCUAGCCCACCAAAUUGUCCAUCAAACAACGCUUUCAAUCCAACAAGCUGGUUCAGAGAUCUCCUCCAAAAAGUCUAAACCGGAUGGGCUUCUAUUCCUUGUAAAGCAUUUGCUUGUAUUAAAGCAGCAAAUUGUUGCGUUCGAUAUUGAAUUUGUGUCGCCUGACGUGUCCUUUGACUUCUCUGGUGUAACUAACACUUUCUGGGAGCUACAAGAACGCGGCGGCCUUUUUAAUACUCGGACCUGGAUGCAACUUGUUGGGGGCGGUUUGUUACCCCAAGUAGUUGAAAAUAUGUUAGACGCCAAAGUUGAACUUGAUGGUACACUUCGAACGGUAAUCAACGAUUUCACCGACACAUUCGCAACCAAAAUGACUUCCACGCUACCGUCGGCCGCAAACAAAACAAUAACUCCGGCAUUGUCUCAACAAAUUCAAAAGGGAGCUCUGGCUAUGCGCCGAAUGAUCGAGGAGGAGAUACCCAACUUACGGCAUUUACUGGAUGACUAUCUGGAAGAUAAGCGAACCAAAGAAACCCUUGUCAGUGCCGUGCAAGAUAAUGUUAUCCAACUCUACGAAGAGUUUUUGGAAGCAUAUGCCAUUGCUGAAGCUGGGAAAGAUAAGCUCAGCAGGAAGAGUUCAGCAAAAUCUGUAGCUGUUGGGGAGCUGUGGGAUAUUGAAAAGUUUGGGGAGUGGACUGAUACUGUCUUCAGACCUAAGAUCGAGGUCUACGGAAGCGAUAAUGAUAAUGAUAGCCAAGAUAAUGAGUCAGAAGGGAAUAAUGAGGAUUGCCGUAGUGAUAGCGAUGACAAUGACGACCAUAGCAGUUAG